AUGAAAUUCUAUUUAACGAUUUUCUCUGCUAUUGUAGCAGUUUCCGUUUUACUUUUUACCGUUACGCCCAUAAAUGCUUGCGAAGAAUCAUGUCGUCAGGGAAUUUCGCAUGCGUUCGGUGAUAAUUACUCCAUUGAAAUCAAGAAUCUGUUCAAGACAUUUGUCGAAAAGUUGGAAGAAAAUGCUUACUUUGGACUUAAUUCCGUUAAAUCAUCAACUAAAUCAGCAUGUAAUAAAGCAAUCGAAGAAGGAACCGACAAAUUUCAAACCACUUUUUCGAACAGUUUAGCACAAUUAAUUGAAGGUUCAAUUUUCGAUCAAUCACCACAAUUUAAAGGACAAUGUCAGCACCCAUUAAGGGUAACUCAACCACCUGCAGGCGUUGCAUGGACCAUGGACGAUUGUAAUAACCAAGAUUACAUUUGCGGAAAUCCGCCAGCCAUUUGCCACUUUAUGGAUCAGUAUGUUAAACCAAGAAAUGUAAAGAAUGUAAUUGAAUCAAUGACUGAACGUCUAAGUGGUAAUGGCACUUUCUAUAAAUCUCUUACAAAGUCCGUGAUUGAUGCCUCCAAGAAAUCCGGAGUGAAAGGAGAUGAACUUAAAACUUUUACAACGGCUGUCAAAGACAAUAUUUUAAAAACAUUCAACAUCUUUUCCUCUUACUUCGCUUCUGAAUUUUGUAAAGGAACCACAUGUGAUCAUUAUGAUCAUGACAUCAAGAUGAAACUUCUAA